AUGUCUUCUGCAAUGAAGUUCUGCUACUACACUAAGAAUCCAGUGCGCAAAACCUUAUCGUCCAGCAUGUCCAUCUCUGAUAAUCAUCUGGAAGAAUUCAAAAGGCGCUUCAGGCGUAGUGGUUCUCUCGGAAUUCCAUUCGUCAUGGAAGAAGAUAUUCGCGAAUUAUUUUCAAAAAAGAGCGAAGAAAUGAUCAUCGAGGACGAAGAUGGGCAGCCCAUAUUGACGGUGAUUGUGAAAUGUCCACGUGCAGCCGACGGCGUGUCCCAAAUGAUUUCGAAGCUACCGGUAACUUCAUAG